CUCUCUCUCUCUCUCUCUCCCCCCUCCACUUCUUUCAAGAUUCUGCAUCUUACCCUCCUCCUUCCCUUCCUUUCAAAAUAAAACAACACGCCCUUUUUCACCCUCUCUGAUAUUUUUCCAUCUUAUAAGAGGAGAUAAAAAUUUGUCUUCCUCUCAGUAAUUUCACGUAUUAUUAGGUGACCAUUUGAGCUGCUUGGUUUUGGGUUUAGCUGAAUGACCUCACAUCAAUGCCUUUAUUAGAUAUUGCUACUGCUCAGGCUUCCUUACAAAAUCCUUUGGGUCCACUAAGGGCUCAAUCCCAUGUUCACUGCAAAGUUUUUUCAAGUCCAUUUACCUUUGGUGAUGAUAAGAGGCUGUUAUCGUUAGGGAAAUGUAUUGAAUUCCGUAGAAAGAUAAAUGGUUUUGAGAGGAGUAAACUUUGGAUAAAGGCUAUUGCUACCUUUGAACCCCAGUCUUCGGUUCACAAGGGAGAUGGAAACAGAAAAACAAGUCGUGGAAAUGAACAGCUUGGUGCCAAUUCAGAUACCUUGACAGCGCAGGUCGAGUCUUUACGCGAAGACUCGAUGACAUUAGACGACAGAGAAGAAUUGAGACGGAAAAGGAUUUCUAAAGCAAAUAAAGGGAACACGCCAUGGAACAAAGGCAGGAAACAUAGCCCUGAAACCCUUCAGAAGAUUAGAGAAAGAACAAGGCUUGCAAUGCAGGAUCCUAAGAUCAAGAUGAAGCUAGCCAACCUUGGACACGCUCAGAGCAAAGAGACAAGGGUGAAAAUUGGGCAUGGAGUUAGAUUAGGGUGGCAAAAGCGCCGUGAGAAGCAGAUGAUGCAGGAAGGUUGUUAUUUUGAAUGGCAGAACUUAAUCACAGAAGCUUCAAGAAGAGGCUAUACUGGUGAGGGAGAGCUGCAGUGGGAUUCCUACAAUAUCUUAAGGCAACAGCUUGAGUUUGAAUGGGUGGAGAGUGUUGAAAAAAGGAAAACAACGCCUAGGCCAAAAGGUAGCAAGAGAGCACCGAAAUCCCUUGAACAAAGAAGAAAAAUAUCAGAAGCCAUUGCUGCAAAAUGGGCUGAUCCUGAAUACCGUGAGAGAGUCUUCUCUGGCAUUUCUAAAUAUCAUGGCACACCAGUUGGAGCUGAAAGAAAGCCAAGGCGGAGGCCAAGUGGUGGUUCACAGUCUGCUAGACAGGACUCCACAAGGAGAACUAAUGAUACAGAAAAGGGGGAUACCAGAAGCCCAACUCAGCAGUUGAGGCGAAGAAGUAAGACACCGUCAUACAAAGAUCCUUUGGCACGUUCGAAGUUGGAGAUGAUAAAGAACAUCAGAGCAGAAAGAACAGCCACAGAAACCAAGAAAAAUGAAGCCGUUGAACGAGCAAGGUCGUUAAUUACAGAAGCUGAGAAGGCCGCUAACACUCUUGAAGCAGCUGCAGUGAGGAGCCCCAUCGCUCGUGCCUCCCUAAUCGAAGCCAGAAAGCUCAUUGCUGAAGCAAUUCAAUCAAUUGAAUCUGUGGAUACAGGGUAUAGCAUAUCCAAUGAUAGCAUAUCUAAUGAGAUUGACAGGCACCCUGACCCAUCUCUUGCACCAACCAAACAGGUUAGUGAGGUUGAGAAGGAAAUAAAUGCAGGCAACGGAGGCUUGGGUCAAGUAGCGUUGAGACAAGUAAAUGGGACCAAGAUCCUGGAAACAAGUAAAGAUGAAGACCUUAAUUUCUGUAAUUUAGCCUUCAAUGAUAUACUGAAUGGUGAGAAGGAACUUCACCACCUAGGCACCGGUGCAUAUGGUUUGCCUUCACUGAGCAUGGCGAGUCCUGUAGACCAUUCGAGUUCCAGAAAGCAACCUGGCCAAGUGGAACCAAACGGGAGUCUGAAGUCUGAAAAGAUUAAUCUACCGAAUGGAUCCAGAGUUCAGUAUGUGAAAGAAGAGACACCUUCCAAACCGGACACUACUAAGAAAUGGGUUCGUGGAAGGCUCGUUGAAGGGACAGGAGGCUGAGACAGGUCAUAGAAUAUCCGAUACAUGAUGCAUUCAUGUUGCAUUUCAUCUUCGCAGUUGUUAACCGGGGGUCACGAGUUAAUGAGUUUUAUCGCCCAUCAUAUUUUGUUUAUAGGGAGUAAUAUUUAGAGAUCAAAACAAUUUUUUGAUUUACACUGCGUACUUGAAGUAUCCCUAGCCACUCUUAUCUGUUGUUCCAUAUAAAAUUUAUGGGUAGAUCUUGUAUUAAUAUUAAUAUAUAUGCAGAGGCAGACCAAAUUUAUUCAA